AUGCAAAACUCGCCACUUUUUAUACAAAAACAACAAGGUACUUCAGAGGCUAAGACCCUUAUAUACAAGAAACGUAAGCAAGAUAGUAUAGAAACAUCCAGCAUAGAUAACCCAGGAUUCGACAAAAAAAAUAAAAAGGCAAAAACUUUAGCUACUGAAGAAGAAGAAAAUUUAGCCGAAAUUUGGGAAACAAGCUAUAAAGAUACAGAGAAUAAGGAGUUGCUCCAAACAGUAGGCCAGAACUCAGACAACGCAGUUAACAUUGCAAGCUGUAGUAGUAUACAGGAAAAUAUAGCAAAAAACAAAAAAGAAACAGUUGAGAAAACCAAAGUGGCAAAAGAAGAAAACAGCUAG